GUGUGCUGUUGCCAGACUGUCUGCCAGGUGCAUCUCACUGUCUCUACGUCUCUACAUCUGUGUCUCUAAGAAGGAAACUUUGGAAAGAUGGCAGCGGUACCGAAAGAGUCUCUCUUUAAUGGAGUGGACCUCCACAUAAAGUCCAACAACUCUGAUCACAACACCAGUGAAAUCUCAAAGGACAAGCUGAUUGUGAGGCGAGGCAAGCCCUUCAAAGUGACCCUUAAUAUGAAUAAAGUUUACAGCCAGGGAACUCAACUCUCCAUGAUUGUAAAGACAGCAAUAUAUCCAUCCGUGGAACUGGAGACGCUAGAAACGUUCGAUUACCCAGAUCCCAUACGACGUCCAGCAUCAAUAAAGUUUUGGUGGAUGAUUUCAAUUGAAAAGGACGAUACCACAAAGACAGGCAAACUGACGAUCUCCAUCACCCCCCCGGCUGACUCCCCGAUAGGGGAACUCACCAUAAUGAUGAAAGACGGCAAAGAUGAAGUGUUGGUAGCAGAGCUGGUGUUGCUCUACAACCCCUGGUGUCCCGAUGACAUGGUGUAUAUGAAAAAUGACAAGAAGAUAAAUGAGUACGUGAUGAAUGAACAUGGAGUCAUCUUCAGAGGAAGUGCUGACUACAUCUUCCCUCUUGACUGGGACUUUGGACAGUUUGAGGACAACAUGGUGAACAUUUGUCUGAAGAUGUUGGAUCUCAACCUCAUACAUUUGGAUAACCCAACUGAAGACUUCCGUGCUCGUGCUGACCCCGGAUACGUCGGCCGUGUGGUCAGCGCUAUGGUCAACGCUAAUGAUGACCCUGGUGUUGUGGUGGGACGUUGGGACGGCUCAUACGAAGGCGGAAAAAGACCCGGACACUGGACUGGCAGUCACGAGAUUCUUAAGAGAUGGUUCAACAAUAGCUUCCAGCGUGUCCAGUACGGACAGUGCUGGGUGUUCGCCGGUGUGAUGUGUUCAGUGAUGCGCCUGCUGGGCAUCCCCACCCGCGUGAUCACCAACUUCUCGUCGGCCCACGACACCAACGAGAAUCUGACCAUCGACGAAUACCACGCCGCAGAAGGAGUCAGACAUACACCAAAAUAUGACAGUAUUUGGAACUACCACGUGUGGGUGGAGUCGUGGAUGAAGCGGCCGGACCUGUCAACGGACGGCAAAUAUGACGGCUGGCAAGUUCUGGAUGCAACCCCACAGGAGGAAAGUGAAGGUCUUUACCGCUGUGGUCCAGCUUCAGUUCGAGCCAUCCGGAAAGGAGAGAUAGCCUUCAAAUAUGACAUGCCAUUUGUCUUCGCUGAGGUCAAUGCUGACGUUGUUGACUGGCUGGAGAAAGCUGACGGUUCGUUGGUGAAACUCAAAUCUGACAGUAAGAGAGUCGGUAAGAAUAUCUCCACCAAGUCUAUCUGGAACGAUAGGAGGAAGGACGUCACCCACAAAUACAAACCCAGAGAGGGAUCAGAGAAGGAGAGGGAUGUCUUUAAACACGCCGCCACCAGAGACUACUCCAGUGGUGAAGGGGAUGAAGAGAUGGAGGAGGAGGAGGAAGAGGGGGAGGAAAGCGAGGAGAUUGAAGAAAACGUCAAUGUUGAAGAAGUGGGGGGCGACGAGGUAGAAGAGGUGGAUGAAGUAGUAGUGGAAGAGACGGAUGUGGAUGAAGAGGAGGACACCACCCAACCAGAACCACUGCCAAUACACGUGCGCUUUACCGAGGUGACCCCACCGACCAACGGUAAAAAUGUGAGAUUGAAGUUGGUGCUGACGAGUAAGAGCACCACUGCCAGGCUGCUGUCCAUCACCAUCAGCGUCCAAGCCAUGAUGUACAACGGCACGCCAGCUGCCAGCAUCUGGAGUGAGGACAAGGAGGAGAAACUGAAUCCUGGGAAAGCUCUGUCCAUCCCAAUCCAGAUCAAUUGGUCAGAUUACCGUAAACCCAUGUUGGAGAGUGACAGCUUGAAGGUCUCAGUCAUGGUCACAGACAAAGAGCAGCCAGAAAACAUAUACCUGGCUGAGGAUGAUGUCGUGCUGAUGGACCCUCCCAUUUCCGUCACGGUAAGCGGUCCUGUCAGAGUGUACCGAAGGGCAAAAGGGGAGGUGCUUUUCACGAACCCGGUCAAAGAGACGCUGAAAAACUGCACUCUGACUCUCUCUGGAAGCGGCCUGUGGAAAGACGAGCUCGUAUACGGGGUUCCAGAUCUUAAACCAGGUCACAGAGUACGUAUCCAGUUCAACUUUAUUGCCUACAAGGCCGGUAAGAAGACUCUCGUGGCCGACUUCGACUGCUCCACCUUCAGAGACAUCAAGGGCCGCUGCACUGUCAACAUCAAGCCCUAUUAGUACUCGGAAACAAAAUGUCAGAUUUAUAACUCUAUGUGAAGCAUAAAUUUCAUAAUUUCCAUUUUUAGGCCUUUGCACACUAAGUCCUUAUUUUUUGUCCGAAAUUGUUGCACGUUUAAAAAUAAAUACAAACUCACGUUGCGUCAAUCACGUUCACACACGACUCCGAGACUUUCGUUCCUCAUUAAAGUUUUCGGGAACAUGUUUGAUUUUCUGUGUUUUUUGCACGAGUUGGACCAUAUCAUUAAAAUAUCUGGCAGAGAUGAAAAAAAGAAACUCAUCAGCGUUGCCUCGGUGAAGAGGACAAAGAAAGACGCCUCACUUCUACUGUUUCUGAGUUCCUAUGAAUAGUGGAGAUAUGAGAGCCAUCCUCCAGUACGUCUUCAAUAACCUCAACGCCUGACGGUCGAGCGAUUAGCAAACAAAUCAAAUGGAGUACAUUUAAAGGGACACUCCGCCAUAAAUCAAUCACUGCCUGUUGAAAAGUUUGUAUCUUGCUCCUUCGCAGAGCAGGGCAGCUGCAAUCAGUUUAGAUCCACAACAAUUAUGAUACGCGUCCACAGGAUCCAUCAUUUCCACGCUUCCCAUUUAUUGUCUAUAUGUAAGCAGCCGUGCAAUGCAUUCUGGUACCGCCGCGAGAGACGGGGCUGAGAUUGAGAUUGACACUGAACGGUGGAGGUUGAUAAUGUUAACUUUCUUAAGAUACGCAGUGGGAGCAGGGAAUUUUACACUUGAAGAAAAUACGCAUUCGUAACAGACUCGUCGCCAACAUCUACCUCGUUGUGACGCUGCACCGCGGGCUCGUUUGUUGCAGUGAAUUUCGAGAUGACAGUAGUGCUGGAGAAACAGUGUAGUGCUGAUGCUGUCUAUAAAUCACUUUAUACACACUUUGGCCUCACUGAUAUAGAAAUAUGUGAUGAACCAGCACUACCCUACUGUACAAACUAUUAUCAUGAUGAGUUGAAAGUUUACAUAACAGAAGAAUGCAGCUAAACCUGAAACAGAGGAAUAUACUCACUCAGCUGUAUAGGGUCCAAUUUAACCUGCAGUCUUCUAAACUCUUGGCUUUAACUGCACAAAAUAAUCAAUCCAUUCAUUCUCUAUACAUCCUUCUUGGUUCUGGGAGGAAGUGACUUGAUGUUUAAGUGUCUCAUUGGCUAAGAAAAUAAGAGACCAACUGAUUUGUGAGAUGGACUGUCUAUCUUUAUUUGCACGGUUUUAUGGUUUUAUGGUUUUAUGGUCAGCAAAAUAAAAUGUUAUUGAAAGCCA